AUGAGUGAAAGCAUAGCAAAUUCAGCAGGGCAACUAGCUGAUGCCACAGAAAGCGAGCUUGCGACCCCUGCCCAAGGAAUGAUUGUGAAAUUCCUAAUUGCGGCAAUUCUUACACUAUUCGCCUUCAUAUACUUUGACAAGACAUCAUCAUUGAACGGUCACACACCUGAGGAGAAUAAGAAGCUGAAUGAUGCCCCAGCAGAAAAGAAGGAGGAAGAUGAAAAAGAGUCAAUUGGUGCAAGAAUAGCCUCUGAACAUAAAAGAAAAUCGGUUAGAGGGGAAACAAGUGGUGCGAAAGGCAGGAAGGUGAUCCGGAAAAGAAAGGUUUAA